AUGGCCGUCCCGCCGACUUGCGGUCUGGAAACACGGUGCACGAGAGUCACCUCCGGCGGCAACGGCGCAGCUGCUAAAGGCGGGAGGUCUCGCGACGGUGAGAAGACAACAGCGUCCGCGACGGCGUCCUCAGACUCUGCUACGAUGCCGCGAAAGCAGCGCGGGGCCGCGACCUAUGGUUCCGCACCGCUUGCCGGCGUCUCGACGACGGUGGCCGGCGUCGACACCGCUCCCGAAUCGCCGGUCCUUGGGUGGCGGCGGAGCGGUGGGAGCCACCCGCGCCCCUGCUCUCACCCGCGCCGCCGCCACCCGCCGCUCCUCCCGCGCUGCCGCCACCCGCCGCUCUCCUUCCCCCGCUCCUCCCGCGCCCCAUUCCCGAGCCCGACCCUCGCGCCCCUCUCUCAGCCACCCGCGCCGCCGCCACCCGCCGGCCCCCUGCCGUCCCCACCCCUCGCCGAGCCGCCGCCCGCCCCCUCCCAAAGCCGCCGCCCGCCCCUCUCCGUGCCGCCGCCCCGCCUCCCUGUGCCGCCGCCCGUCGCCCGCCCCUCCCACAGCCGCCGCCCGCCCUCCUGA